AUGACACUGGCGAACGAUCUGAAGACCGCUUACGGUAUUCUGUACGAUGAAAGGGAUCCCCCGAGGGCAUUGGCGCUGUACGAUGCGAUUUUGAGGGAGAAUCCUAGGUGCGUCGAUGCACUCGUGUACAAAGCUGCGUGUCUUGAGAAGCUGUACUUUGGGUUUUCCGACUGGCAUAGCGAGGAAACGGUGGAGAAUGCACAGUGUUUGUUGGAGAAGGCGUUGAAGGAGGCCGAGGAGAGAGGCGUGCGGUCCAAAAUUGGGUUUGUCAGUUUCAGGCUGUUUGUCCACUACUUCAACAGGAAGGAUUAUGUGCGAGCGGCGGAGUACAUGUCGAAUGCUAAACUACACGAUUAUAACGACGGUGCUGUUGCCAUAUGGCAGGAGAAACUGGAUAAAAAACUGAAGAAAACGGGGGCCUCCAUGCCCACUGCGCCGACGGCAACUAGGAAUAUCCCCAAGCCGGAACCGUUACCACAACCUGCACCUGCAUCUACUUUGCCGGCCAAGUUGAGAACGGAUUGGUACCAGACCUCCAACUCGGUGACAAUUUCGCUGUUCACCGAAAACGUGCCCGCGAAGGAGGAGGACAUUAAAGUGUCCACGCAUGCGGACCAGGAUCUGGAAAUUUCUUGGACGGGCACUUCAAGUGGUUCUGAGUUCCAGUACAAUGUGAAACUGUUUUCUGAGCUGGAUCCCGCGUCUGUGAGGCACCAACUAUUUAGCAAGAAGGUCGAGAUCACCGUGGAUAAAAAAAUCAAGGGCAAAAACUGGGCUGCCUUGCAGGCCGUUGCAGCACAGUCCAGCUCAACAGCGGGGAAGAAAGGCAAGGACUGGUCCAAGUACAACUUCGAUGAUAUCAGUGACGACGAAACGGAAAAGAGCUCUGCAGAUUCGUUCUUCCAAAAGAUAUACGCGGAUGCGGACCCGGAUACGAAGCGGGCAAUGAUGAAGUCGUACAUCGAGAGUAAUGGCACUGCGCUGAACACCAGCUGGGAUGAUGUUCGGGAUAAAGUUGUCGAAACGUCUCCACCAGAAGGUACAGAACUGAAACACUGGUGA